GGGGGAGGGGCAGGGAGGCGGAGGAGGAGGAGGAGGAGGGGCAAGAACAAGCAGCGGGGCCCGGCCUCGAUCCGUCCUCGCUCCCGCUCUCCGACCAAUCCUUCUCCAGGCGCCGCACGACGACAUGGCCACUGCCGGGCACGCCGUCGCGCCCAAGUUCGGAUCCUGGGACGCCGAGAACAUCGGCUACACCGUCUUCUUCGAGAAGGUGCGCGACAACAAGCCUGCGCCUCCCAGGCCGCCCAGCGGCGGCGCCAACGACUUCGACCCGUACGAGCACUACGAGAACCUCAGCAGGAAGGUGCCGUCGCGCCCGCCGAGCUCGCACGGCCACGGCCACGCGCCGGCGCCCGCCCCGAAGGCGCCCGGUGGCGGCGGAGGAGGAGGGUACGACUACUACGACCCGUAUGAGCACUACGACAACCUCAGCAGCCGGAACGUGCCCUCCCGGCCGCCGAGCUCGCACGGCCACUCGCCGGCCGGCUACAACCACUACGACCCCUACGAGCACUACGACAGCAGGAACGUGCCGUCCCGGCCGCCUAGCUCCCACGGGCACGCGCCGGCGGCGCCGCAGCCACACCACCGGCCGCCGCAGCAGCACCAGCACCCCGGCGGCCACCACCACCGGCGGACCGGGAGCAACGGCAGCAACGCGGCGUCCGAGGCCAGCAGCCGCGGCAGCAAGUUCUCGCCGCCCAGGCCGUACCAGCCCAGGUACAGCAGCAACAACAGCUACACGGCGCAGCCGCAAUCCGGCGGCGGCCACGGCGCCGCCCACGCCCAGUACCAGCAGCACCACCACCACCACGGAGCGCCGAGGGCGGCGUCCCCCACGCCGUCGCCGCCGCGGCACCACCAGCCCCCGCCCCCGCGGCGGCCCAAGCCGUCGGCGGUGCCCCGGUUCGGCGUGUGGGAUGAGCAGAACGCGGCGAUGGCGGCGCAGGGGUUCACGGUGCAGUUCGAGAAGGUGAAGCGGCACCGCGAGGAGGCCAGGACGGCCCCCGCGCCGCCCGCGCCGCGGCCGCAGCAGGCGCUGCCCCCCGAUCACGCGGUGGCGGCGGGGGCGGGGGCGCGGCGGUACGGGAAGAGGAAGCCCGAGAGGUCCUUCAUGUCCCGGAUGUACAGGUGCCUGUUCCCAAGGGUCAGAGAGUGCGAGUGAUUCAGUGAGGCCGCAGCUCGGUAAAUUACUAUUAGUAGUGGUAUAAUCCGACGCUCAUUACCACUCGAUCAAUUGUGUACGUUUUCUUCCCACACAGACUGUACUUGAAAAUUUGUUCGUUCUUUGUUCAUUCUCAUUCUACUGUUCUGUAUACUGCAUGUAUAAACUCCCAGCAUUAGUCAAAAAUACACGGAAAACCAUGCUGGGGUACA